CCGGCAGUUUAUUUCGGUACUUCGGGCGAAUCUGAGCUUCGAAGCAGCAGCUCUCGGCUUGGAACGUUGUAGGUAAAUCGCGAUCGGUUCGUUCGUUCAAAGCCAAAGGUGCCAACGGUUUGCCGUCGCGAUUCGAGGGAAAGGUGCGAGCUAAACGUGACUGACAGACAACGACGUGAUUAUAAAUAGAUUAUUGUGCGUCGUUUUGUGUGUGUACGGGAGAUUACCGCUGGCUGUGCUGAAGCACCUCAGAUGAACCAGAACGGAGAUUUUGGUGCUCCGUUGGCAGAUACACUAUCUAAGAUUUAUGGUGAUUAACUGGGCGGUGGAUGUCGUGACGGAUAAAGAUUAGCGCGGCCGUAUGGAGUUUUUGUGAAGGUACGCGCCCGCUCCCUGUUUGUGAAGAAGAGAUAAUUUACUAGCCUAGUGAAGUGACGAAGGUGGUGGCUGAUGUUGGUGGCAGUGCGGUGGUGUGUGUACCAAUCAAGUGAAAAUUGAGGAAGAACGAGGCAACUUCGGAAUUGGAUUAUCUCACAUGUGAUCUGCUCCGCCCUAAUGCUAUGCAGUCGUUACAGCUGCAGUGGUUCUACCGUGGACUUCCUCGUAAUACGUUCGUUGAAGAGUGUGUUCAGAAGGGGACUGGAUGCUGCAGGGCUCUCUAGUCUACACGUGUGGUAAGGCCAUGCUGGAUGCUGUGAAGAAGUGUUGUGAUGUUGUUUAUUGAAUAUAGUGGUCCCAACAGCAGAGCCGGGUCUUCCGUACCACAGCAGGAAUGUGCCGGCACUCGUGUCAGCUAUCGUCAAAAGAAGUGUGGGAAAAUUAGUUCAGUGAAAAGCGAAAUCAAGUUUUCACCGCCAACCGAAAGAGGGCCCGGGAAGUGAAUGCGAUGGAAUUCGUUGGAAGCUAGAAUCUGAAGCUGAAAGCUGGAACAGCAAUGGAUGUUUGUUUGCAAUUCUUUCGACGAUGGUUUGGUUUUUCACGAUGUGCUGAUUCUCAAUAGGAAACCGAAUUGCUCACUGGAAGACGAGAUUGAGUGGGGUGAAAUGGCUUCCCAAGCUAGUUACGGGCAUUGUUUGCAUUGUGCUGGUCGUUUCUGGUGUAGCUUCUAUUACCUUUGAUUUACGAAAGUGUAUGUGAAAAAGUGUUCAGCCAAUUGUCUUUCUAUCCCGGUUCGUGGCCGCCGUGGGGGGAAAGUAAAAGAAGUAGUUGAUAACAUCUGUUAUCGGUGAUCGGAAGAAGAACGACGGGAACAAACCAAGCACACCACUGGCAACUAUGUUGGCCUUACAUCACAUGACAUCAGGGGAAGUGACGCAGAUAUCGAAUUUGCACACACUCAUCCUGGAAAUCAACAGCGAAGUGGCGCUGUUUAGGGAUCUUCUAAUACACGUCGGACAGGCGCGAGACUGUCCGGAGCUGCGAGAAAAGAUACGGAAACUUCGACGAUCCUGCGUGGAAGCAUGCAAACACACCGCCGCCCUAAUACUUCCACAGAUCCGACAGGCCCUCGCUGAAGGAAUCCUGGCGGACAACCCUCACCUGGUGCUGCUCUUCUACCUGUCACAGUUGUUUCUGAGAGAACUCAUCAAAAGCCACCGGCUGGUUCAGGUCAUUCCUAUGGAUAUGUCCGGAUACUAUGAAAAUCGAGCCGGGCCGUCCAACCUUGGGAACGUGAUAAGUCAAAUACUGCUGUGCAAGCAGAUUACCCCAGACUUCAACCAGGAAGAGCUUUGCAGUAUAACCAAGGAUUCGCAGGAGAUCGCCCGGAUAUUGCAGGACCUUCAAGAGUUCAUGCCACAACAGGAGACAUAUUUAGAGCGCACGAUUGCCCUAACGGCCGAAAUCAACGGACCAUGGCCAGCGAAACGCCGACGAGGUUCACUCUACAAAAACAUGGGCCUUCUGUGCUGUGUCUCGCGACCCAACUAUCUAUGAAUAUAGGUGGUUGCAGUUUUCAGCAAUCACACUUCCAACGACGAGUCACCACCACCCUUGAAGCUUGAAGCAGCACUUGAGGCCAUCGAGGUCGUCAUCGCUAUUGCUGCAGUAAAGUUGCCCUUAACCAUUACCAGCGUCGCGACGCCAUAGGAACCUUAUCAGAUGGGGAUGACACCGUUAUGGCGUCGUCAUCAUUAUAGAGAGAACCAUCGGCAACACCUUGUCGCAACUCGUAAAACCACAAGCAUCAUACCAACAGACAGAUACAGUGGUGGAUAUUCCUUUAACCGUGUUUCUAUUUCUUUUCCCAAUCAGAUAACCCAAGAUAUUAGUUUUAUUGUAAUUUGUUUUUCGUGGUUAUACUUUGACUAUACCACGUUUGUGUUACAGCACAACCACGACCAAAAAAUAUUCCGGCGAAAUCGUUCACUAGAAAUUUAUGAUCCAUUUUAGAAGCUCGGUCAAACGAAUGUCUACCACUGUAGUAGAGAGAGAACCACCAAAUUCCAGUACCUUUAGAUAAGUUUAUUUUUCUAUGUGUGUUAUUUCUAUAUAGUCUAGCGAACGAACAGGAGAUGCCCGGAAAAAUGGAAGCGAAAAGGUGCAUCUCAACCAGCAAAGCUUCCACAGCAUCUAUUGAUCCAAAGCUGAAACGUGUAAUCGAAAAGUAAAAGCAUGGUUGGUUUAAUUGAGGGUACUGACCAAACCAGACCAUCGGUCUUCAUUUUGCCCAACCGUUCGGACAAAAAAUAGAACCCGGCGAGAAAAAAAAACGAAUCGAUGGUGAUCCGCUCCUGAUGGCACCGACAUGUACGGGGAUUAAAAGCAAUUGGUUCCGAAAUUGGAUCGGAUUAGCGAAUGGGAUAAUGGGGAAAAGAGGUCACUGGUAGGUAUUUUUACCACGAUGGCGUGGAUUGCAAUGCAUUGCGGCAUGGGCGUAGCCAGGAUUUUCGUCAGAGGGCGAACGGACUUCAAAGACAAUUCUUCUUCUUCUUCUUCUACUUCUGGGACAAAGCCUGCUUCUCAGUGUACCGAUACGGCUUUCUGUGCCCUCGAAGUCACAUUUUCUUCUUCUUCGCAUUACAUCCCCACUGGAACAGAGCCUACUUCUUAGCUUAGUGUUCAAUGAGCACU